CACGAAAAAACACCGUCUCGAGAAAUCCUUCAAAAACAAAAACCGUUUCGUUCUUCUUUCGAGUUGUUCAGUUUGCCUGCCUCUUGCCCUUUGGUUGUCGCCAUCGAAAUAAAGCGUUCGGUUUUUCUGACUGGAUCAACGCAACCAGUCGUCGAUACAUUGCGACACCGCGUACGGUAAUCUUACUCGUGCCUCAAAAAGUACAUUGUUCACCCAAUACAACACACAAUCGCUCGGUUCAACAGCUGAGUGGAGCAACUGAUACUGACUGCAGUGGGUGUUCAGGGAGGGACACUCGACAGAAAAAACAGGGGGGCGACUUCUGCACCACAAUCGAAUCCAACAUGACGAAGAACACGAAGACUAAGAAUAACCUGCUGGUAACAAUAGCAGCUGCGGCUGCGGCUGUAGCCACCGUGACAGGGCCGACAACGACAACAGCCUUUGUGCCGACCACGCACCAACCGGUCUUUCGGCACGGAACACGGGGGAUCCAUUCACAGAAAAAGGCUUUCUCGUCGCUGCACGCGGCAGCGACGCCACCGCCGGAAUCCGCAAUCGAUGGGAUCCUGGCUGCGGGAAAGUCUGUCGCGGGGGAAAUCCUCGGCAGCAGCGAAGCCCUCGCAGAGAUCGUGACCAAGUCGAUCGAAACCGCCAAGAACCUGUUGCCGGACGAUCCGCUGCUGGUGCUUCACUACAGAGACGACAUCGUGUCCCAGCUCACCCUGCUCCUGGUCGACAAUCCCUGGCACACGCUGGCGAUCGCCGCCUUUUCGGCCGGCGCCUGGUUCCAGUGGGCGAUUCUCUUGUCGCCGAUCGACUUUUCCAACGACAAGGAAACCCCCUUCCAGCCGGGUGCCGACACCUACAGCCCGGCCAAGGCGGAAGCCUUUUACGGCCAGCGGAAAUUCAUGGUCGUCAAGCGCCUCCUGCAGCUGGCCUCGCUGACCAGCUCCUUCACGACCGGCCUGUUGUUCGACUGGCUCGUGCUGGGGAAACUCCUCGGCGACGAUGAAUACAAGGCCCUGGCACGCAACGAGCCCCGCCGGGCCAAGGUAGCCCUGCGCCUGUGCGAGCAGCUCGGGCCGACCUUCAUCAAGCUCGGCCAGGCCCUGUCGAUCCGGACCGAUCUCAUCCCGGAGGCCUAUGCGCUCGAGCUACGGGCCCUCCAGGACCGGGUCUCGCCGUUCGAGAACUCGGUCGGAAUCGACAUCCUCAAGCGGGAGUUUGGCGUCGACGACCUGUCGCUCAUCUUUAGCGAGCUCACGGAGGACCCCGUCGCCUCGGCCUCGGUCGGGCAGGUCUACAAGGGAAAGCUCGCCGUGACCGGCAAGGACGUGGCCGUCAAGAUCCAGCGGCCGGGGAUCCUGUCCGAAAUCGCCUUGGACCUGUACAUUCUGCGCCUGCUGACCCCCAUCCAGACACGGCUUCAGAACGCGGCCAACGGCGUCCCAACCAGCCAGGAAGACAUCGACAUUGCCAUUACCCUGGUCGACGAGUGGGGCCGGGGCUUUGUGGCCGAGACGGACUACCGCCUCGAGGCCGAGAACACGAUCAAUUUCCAGGCCGCCAUGAAGUCCCGCAACCUCGACGCCGUCUGCGCCCCCACCGUGGUGGACGAGCUCGUACGGGACAAGGUCCUGGUGACGGAGUGGGUCGACGGAACACGACUGGACCUGGACGCGAGCCCCGACGUCCCUCGCCUGUGCGGGGUGGCCAUCAAUGUACGUGCAUUCCCCUGGUGCAUGGGCACCGCAUUGCUUGGUUUUGUGUUCUAGUUCAGUUCGUUUUGGUUGGUGGCAAAGACCAUUGCCCAUCAUUUUCCAUCAUUGCCCACUUAUCCUCCUUUGGAACGCUACGAUUUGACCAAGAUGCAAAUCUCACUUUCUUUUUUCUCCGCGAUUUUUUUUAAAACCAUCCAAGGCCUACCUCACCAUGUUGCUAGACACAGGAGUAUUGCAUUGCGAUCCGCACAAAGGAAAUUUAUUGCGUACCACGGAUGGUAGACUGUGCAUUCUCGAUUGGGGUAUGACUCUCGAUGUCCCAAAAGACCUGCAGUAUGCUCUGUUGGAAUUCAUUGCCCACAUCAACGUGGAAGACUACGACGCCAUCCCACAGGAUUUCAUCAACCUCGGCUUCUCACCCCCUGAUGUGACACCGGAACGUCUCCAGUCUUCUGGCAUCACGGAGGGUUUGAGUUUUGCCUUCCGCCAGCUGGCGCAAGGGGGUGGCCCCAAAAAGAUCCAGGAACGUGUCAAGGCGGAAUUCAUUGAGCGCUACGGAGAUGGGUUAACGGACGAAGAACUCCGAGACGCCGCCAGGGCCGAGAUGCAGCAGCGAAUGGAGGCCCAGCUGGCUUCUGAGGGAGUGGACGUGAAGGGCGUCACGAACAUCAUGGAGGAAGUCUCCAAGCGAAACCGUGAAUUGUUUUCCCUGCCGCCUUACGUCUUGUAUCUGGCCCGUGCCUUCUCCACUUUGGAAGGAAUCGGUCUGAGUCUCGAUGAAAACUACUCCAUCAUCCAGGAAUGCUAUCCUUAUUUGGCCAGUCGUCUUUUCACGGAUCGCAACCCCAGAGCAAAGAAAGCCCUCAAGGCCAUGUUGGGACUGACGCAAGAAGAAGAAGCGUUGGCCACACACGAUCCAAACUCGGCACUGGCCCUCGUACAACAAGCCACACGGGAUGCAGCCGCUGCCAAUGCCGAUGCCACCGGUAAAAAAGAAGGUCUGUCCCCGGCCAAGUUGAUGGAAAUGACCGAGGGAUUCGCCUCCUACACAUCCGCUACGGCAGACGUAGACAACGAAGGAAAGGGGCAGGCCAAGGCUGCUGCCGAAUUCGGCAAGCUCUUUUUGGAUCCAAAGGGAUCUACCUUGCAAGACAUUUUGGUGGACGAAACCGCAAAAUACGGCGAUGCCCUUGCAAGGCGUGCCCUUCGUGCGGCACUAGUCGACAAUCCCGCCGCCAGGGCUACCUCCUCAAUCCUUCGGGGUCCCAAGCAACUUUUGGGAGAGAACGACUCUUUCUUUCCAAGCCCGCUCAAGAGUCUGCUGGUGGACCAACCCGCCGGAAUCCCCGAUCUCAUCGAGUCAUUGGUGGCAUCUACCGAAGAAGACGACAAGAUUAUCGCCACCGUUGAAGAGCUGAGGAACGCCGUUGGACCAGCCGUUGUCGACGGGAUCGCUUCCGGGUCGCUGACCUCGAAUGGCAAGAGCGAGGAAGGUUCUAGGCAGGACUCGGUUCUUUCCACCCUAACUGAUCUGGUUUCCAACGAGGAGACGAGGAAUACCAUCACCGAGCAACUGCCCGGGGUCGUUGCCCUGUCCCGUCGAAUGGGCGCCGGGCUCCUCCGCCGGGCGGCCUACCGAACCGAGCGCGCCCACGAACUGCCCGAAGAGACGCGGAAGCAGCUGGCCGACCUGAACACGGCGCUCGCGAACGCCGUGGAACCAGAGCAACAAGAAAUCGAGCAAUAAUCGCAAUCACUCUGGAUGGACGAUUCGUUUGAGUCGAUCACUUUUCGGCGCAUCCACCACCCUACUCUUAGACCCAUGUUCGGAACACAAUACCACGUUCUCCCCAAUCCACCUGGGGCCCUUUCGACUAAAGUUUUUGAAAACUCUACCUUCCGUGUUUUUGGAAGCUCAAUUCAUUCGGAUCUUGAUCAGAAUGCCUCUUCCUUCUUAGCAUGAUAAAUUAUUCGCCACUGC